CCGCCUUACACCCGCCUGCGUUGGAUCCCCCUAUAGUGCUUGCUGUACUUGAGUGUUUCUCCAGGAAGUGUAUUUGCUAUUGGUGAUAAUGGCUUCCGCGACGACCCCUUUGUGCUUGAGCCUCUUCCUGCUGGCGGUCCUCGCGCCCGCCCUCGGCUACUCCUGGGGCAGCAGCUACGAGAGCUACGACCACGACUACUACCACCCGCGGUCGUACCAGAGGCAGGCGGAGCCCCGGAGCCUGUUCGCGAGAGCCCGGAGCAUCAUGCCCCGCUUCGCCGACGUGGCCGCCGAGACCGCCACUUCGCUGGCCAUCCCGGCCCUGGUCGUGCUGGCCUUCUCCGCCCUGUGGCCCGAACACCACUACUACAGGGUCAAGCGCGACUCGGGGGAAGUGACCACACCCACUGAGGAGCUGACCGAACACAUGAUGAACGUGUACUUCGCGGCCAUGGAAUCAGACGAGUGCUUGCAGCGUGUGGUUUGCGAACUUGGUGCUUCCGCUAAAUCCCUGAAGCCGCAUAACCAGAACAUUAUCGUCUCAAUGCUCGGCAGUGUUUCAUCCAAGAAGUACGCCUCCCUCUUCGAGAAAUUCAAGUCUGGAAUGAACUCUGAAAGAUGUCAGAAAAUAGGAUGCGGUUUUUUGGAUAACUGAAAUCAUCAGGGAUAAAAAAAAUCCUGGAAAGGGUUUCAGAAGUCUUUUUUUUUAGAUUUUUCCCCUUUACAUAUAUAUGGAAUUAUUAUGAUAAUUCGUAUCUGUUUUAGAAUUUAGUUCUUGUAUGAUGAAUACUGUGUUGUUGCCAUUUUCGUUAUCUGUUAUCUGUAUUCGUCUAUAGAAUUAAAUUAUAUAUUUGUGUAUUGAUAUCACAAACCCACAUAACAAAACGAUAAACAAGUGAAUAAUAUGAUUUAAUUUUCGUCACGUAAUAUCAAAAUCUAUUCACUUGUUUAACAUUUAUAUUCGUAAAAAAUAAUUAUUACGAAGAAAAGUGUGUGGGUUUGUAAUUCCGAUAAAACUCUGAUAAACAAACCAACCUCUGAUAGCUUUAAUAUUACAACUGAAUUCUCAUGUUCUCUAUUUAUUACAUUUAGCUAUAAGUAUCGACCUUCAUUUGUUUGUUAAUCUAUCUUUGUUUCAUUUGAUUGUUAAGUGUUUUUUGUUGACUUUAUUAAUAGAAAUAUGU